CUGUUGUUGAAAGCUAAAGCUCCUGCCUGGCAAUCUUUUCAAAGUCAUUGCCAUCGGCGCGUCCUUCAGCUCAGGAUAUCCCGAGCAAUGACAUCUCAUCCACUGAAAUCACUGCUCCAGUUACAAUUAGCCUCGGACGCAUCUUCAGUUUUGCACCUGUCAUCUGUGCUGUCAACUCUAUCAGAGGGCCUCUUGUUGCCUUCCCCUCAUCUUCAGAAAUGGACAUCCCGGGUGACUUCCUUGAUUCAUUCAAAAGAUGCUGGAGCUCGGUGGGCUGGCAUGUGCAUUGCAUAUCGUACUUCAUCGUUAUCCAAGUCUACGAUGACAGAAUUUGCGCAGACCUGGGCAGGACUCGCGCUGUCCAUCCUUACAAAACCUGAACCUCUGCCACUGCUCAAGGCUUCAAUAAGAUAUCUUCGGCAUGUCCUCAGUGCAGCAACCGACAUGCCAGAGCUCCAAAGGCAGGUAGCCACUCCUACCGUUCCAAAAUUUAGCCAGGUGCUGGUAUCUAUUGUCGAAAAGGCUGCGGACUACGAGCUGAAAGCUCUAGCUAUGGACACAUUGAAGGAUAUGGUUAUUCUAUAUCCUUCGUUAAAUAGAGCCUUGAGUUCCUCUAUCACAAGUAUGUGUCAUAAAAUACUCAAUGGCUCUGCACCGCAACGCACGAAUAAAUUGCUGUUGCAUAACGCGGCGGGCCUAUACGCUGUUCUUCACUAUACCGGGGGCAAGGUUGGGGCAGCAAAUCUGUGGAAGAAGUCUGUAGAUGAGACCAUUCAGUGUCUCUGGUCUGCGUCGAUGGGUCUCAGAACUACAUUUCCAGCAAAGAACAACCCACCACCCUCCAGUGGACUGACAUGUGAAGAUCCAGCAUUAACCGUCGCCCUCAAUGUUGACAGAUUACAAUGCAGUGUUGCAGCGCUUUGCAGUUUACUAAGGACAACCGUUCAAAGACCAGUCCAUGUGCCUAUAGGACGUAUAAUGGAGUUCUGUCUAUUCCUGUCAGCUUGUACCGCUGAUGAAGAGAAAGAAGGCCACGUUGACGCGACAGUCAGAGCCUUGGAGCUUGCUAUCGUGCCUGAGCUGCAGACUUCUGCAUGUGAUCUGCUCUGUUGCCUCGCAAAGACCGUUCAGCGUCGACUGACACCGUACGUGUCCCGGCUGGUUGUCAUGAUAACAUACCAUCUCGAACAAAACCCUCUAUCAGAGCGGCGAUGUGCGUUGCUUCGGUGCAUCCAAACUUUACUAAGCAAUAGCUCCCCUACCACCAGCGAGCUUAGCUCCACGAGACUCGUCAAAGCCGUCAUGCUUUCUCUCAUGCCGCUGCUGUCAACUCAGUCUGAUGUGCACACGGGCGAAACGAGUUCCGAACAGAGCAAAAAAGGCAGGAAACGCCGGCGGGACUAUGAAGGCGACGAGGUGUUCAAACUAUCAAAAGACGUCGUUUGUUCAUCGAUCGCUGAAGGAGAGGCUAUUCUUUGUGCUCUAGAUUCUCUGCAAGUUAUAAUGCGAGGUGCUGAGUUGCAAUCAGCCAUCCGCUCUCUGGCCUGCCGUGUCAUGUUAUCCUUGUCACUGUCGUUGACAGCCAUGUCACGUUCCUCUUUAUCUCAAGACGUUCAUCUACACAGUUUAGUGCUUGCAAAAGUGAACGGAAUAUGUCUAGAGCUUGCUCGAGGGACAACGAGUGCGAUGAGCAGAAGCCUUGGCUUGGUCCUCAGGUCAACUGUGACGCAAGGCAACGAACAUACCAUGCAGACGAGACUCCAAUUACAACAAGAAGUUGACCUUCUCCUCCAUCCUCGCGGUCCACCACUAGUCCGCCCGCUGCCUCAUGUGGAGGCACUAUCUCUAUUCCGCGCCGAGGAAAGCAAUGAAGAGCUUACUGCUCGUAAAUCACUUGCCUUGGCCACAAUAAAUGAUGGAAACAUCAUGGAUGUCGUGGCAGAUCCCAUCAUGAUGACCUCAACACCCGAAUCAACUCAGCCCGUAUCGACGCAUUUGCCCAUACCAACACCAAAAAUCACACCUCUUGCAUCAAUCUCGAUGUCAUCUCCGAUGCCAACCAGUCAGAAAAUGACGUCUUCGAUCACGACAGCACCAACAAAAGAUUCUGCUGACAUCCCUUCAGCGAUAUCAAGUCGACAACCAGUGAACUCCUUGCUGCAGCCAUCUUCCAGUCAGAUGGAACUUGCCCCUCUUAUGGUCGAGCCUCGAUUUAUCCCGAUGAUGGUGGACGAUGACGAGGAAGAGGAAGGAAUACCGACUAUUGAUGUAGAGUCGGACUCAGAUGGUUGAUAGUGUGAUACAAGUGGGUACGGCCUUACAUUCACUUGUAACCCAUUGAACGAAAUCAUGGCUUGCGAAAGAGAGCAAUCCCGGUCCUUGAGAAAUGGAAUGCAGCUGAAGAAAGUGAGCUCUCAGGCUGGACGGAAUCACACGACACCCUACCUUGUGCAAAAACUCGUUUACUACGAUGUUAUUGGGAUCCAAUACUUUUGCGUGUUCAAGAAAGAUCUGAGCGCGACUGAGCGAGUUGUUAUCAUAGGUAGUUCCCUCGACUUCAUCAGCAUC